AUGAGAGUUGGGAUUGGCUCGAGGGACACCAAUGGCUCCAUGCAUUAUCCUGGCAUGAGGUCGCUUUGCCAAUCGCCUCCCAAUUUCCAGAAGGCACCUGGCCGAAAAGCACCAUCCCCCUCACCGCAAGCACGCACCUUCCUCCUUCUCCUUCUUCAAGCUGCUCCGAAGGGCCGGAGAUCACUGAAUAUGAGAGCGUCUCGGGGGGACGCCGUGGAGCUCUGCGGGGGUUCUGGGGUCUUCUCAGGUGACCCUCCAUUCAGGUGCUAG